AUGCGAGCACUUUUAAUAAUAUUAUUGCUAUGUGGCAUCGUUUCACCGGAUAGAAGAUAUCGUUUUACCAACAUUAAAUGUAAUGUGCUAGAUAAAUCUUAUGUUUCAUUUGCCCAAUGCAAACUUAAGGUUAUUGGACGUGGCAUUAUUGCUUUGACCAUCGAUGCGAAACUGUUAACAGGACCUUUCAAUAAUGCUAAGGUAAAUCUCAGUCUUUGGAAGAAAUACAGUGAAUUUCGUCCAUUUAUUUUCAAUUCGUCCCUUGAUUUCUGUAAAGCUAUGGCAUGCACAAAUUCGACAUUAACAUUUCAUAGAAUAAUUUACCGAGCGUUUCUCAAAUAUUCAAAUAUAAAUCAGACGUGUCCAUAUGAUAAAGAACUCUAUGUACGUGAUUGGGUUCUCAAGGAAGAGCAAUUAAAGUAUUUACCAUUACCAACAGGCGAAUAUCAAGUUAGACUGAAGGCUUAUACCGACAACGAAUGCAAGGCAACAGUUUACGUCAACUUUUCGGUGAAAGAAGAUUUGAUGCAAUCUUAA